AUGCGCUUUGUGGUAUUCGAGUAUUUUAAUACAACGAAAUUAAGCCCCGAAGAGAUAAUGCGGCCUAGAUUAGAACAACUUUGGGCGUAUCGUGUCAACGGAAUGGUUCGAGAUUUGUUUAAAUUGGCUAACGGACAAGGAAUAAUAUAUAUGUUGGAGGCCGCGAGCAUGGAUGAAGCAAGAGAAUUAAUUGGCUCUCUCAUACCUAACACAGGCCUUUUGUCCACCUUCGAAUUCUACGUCCUCAACGAAUACAGGGGAUGGCAACGGCUAUUUCGCAGUAAUGAUAAAGAAAUUAAGGAUAAGCUCAAAAAUCCAUUACCAAUUUUAUCAAAUGGUCCAAAACAGUUUGUGGUGGGCAUUGCCAGAUUCAACGAGAACUUUACUCGAGAAGUAUAUGUUCACUUAGCAAAGGAACAAUCAAUUGCGGCAUGGCGCCUCUAUAUGUCGGGUGUAUUGACUGAAAUAUAUGCUAUACCGGCUCCUUUGGGUGUAUGCGUUAAGCUUUUAGUUAAAGACGUUGAAGAAGCCAAGGAAUAUUUCAAAGUAUUUCCAUUCGAUGAAGCCGGAAUACUCGCAUGGACUUUUUUUCAAAUACAGCCCUUUGAUUUUUGGACUCUAUUGAUGUGA